AUGAGCGCCCCCAGGCAGCUGGUGCUGGCCGCCAUCCGGGCCGAGGUGAAGCGGCACGAGGGGGCCAAGAAGCACGUGAACAAGCUGAUCCGGCUGGUGGAGACGGUGCCCGACCCCCGGCUCCGCGCCAGCCUCACCGCCUCGCUCAGCGUCGUGCAAGAGGCCUUGGUGAACAGCCAGGAAUGGACCCUGGGCCGCUCCGUCCCCGAGAUCCGCCUGGGUGUCCUGGGCAGCAGCAAGAGCGGGAAGUCGGCCCUCGUGCACCGCUUCCUCACUGGCUCAUAUGUGGGCUUGGAGCCCACGGAGAGUGGGCAGUUCAAGCGCGAGAUGAUGGUUGACGGCCAAAGCCACCUCCUGCUUAUCCGGGAGGAGGGAGGCCCCCCGGAUGCCAAGUUUGCCAACUGGGCGGACGCCGUCAUCUUCGUGUUCAGCCUGGAGAACGAGAGCAGCUUCGAGGAGGUGACGCAGCUGCACGAGCUGCUCAGCAGCCACCGGGGCACCGGCGACGUGGCCCUGGCGCUGGUGGGCACGCAGGACAAGAUCAGCUCCUCCAACCCCCGGGUGAUCGAGGACGCCCGAGCCCAGGCGCUCUGCGGCGACAUGAAGCGGUGCCUCUACUACGAGACCUGCGCCACGUACGGCCUCAACGUGGACCGGGUCUUCACCGAAGUGGCCCAGAAGGUCGUGGCGCUGAGGAAGCAGCAGCAGCUCCUGGCCUCCUGCAAGUCGCUGCCCAGCUCCCCCAGCCACUCGGCCGGCUCCACUCCCGGCGCCGGCGGCAUCCAGGCCAGCAACGGCGGCCACGCCAGCGACUACUCGUCCUCGCUGCCGUCCACCCCCAACGUGAGCCACCGGGAGCUGCGGGGGGAGCCGGCGGCGGCCGCGCUGGGCACCCCCAGCUCCCUGCACCGCGGCGCCAAGCGCCGCACCAGCCUCUUCGCCAACCGCCGGGGCAGCGACUCGGAGAAGAGGAGCUUGGACAGCCGGGGCGAGGUGGCGGGCAGCGGACGUGCCAUCCCCAUCAAGCAGAGCUUCCUGCUCAAACGCAGCGGCAAUUCCCUCAACAAGGAGUGGAAGAAGAAAUACGUCACCUUGUCCAGCAACGGGCUCCUCUUCUACCACCCCAGCAUCAACGAUUACAUCCACAGCACCCACGGGAAGGAGAUGGACUUGCUGCGGACCACAGUCAAGGUGCCCGGCAAGCGCCCGCCGCGCGCCAUCUCCGCCUGCGGCCCCUCGGCCAGCAUCAACGGGCUGGUGAAGGACGUGGCCGGGGUGCAGGCGCCCGAGGGGGCCGCCAGCACCUCUCCCGUGGGGCUGAGCCUCCCCCCGGAGCUGGGGCUCAAGGGCACGGGCAAGGAGCGGUCCCUGCAGCGCUGCGCCUCCGCCUCCAGCGCCAAGCUGCCCAGCGCCGUGAUUUCAGCGAUCCCAGUGACCCUGGUGGCCCCAGUAAACCCAGUGGCCCUGGUGGACCUGCUGGCCCUGGGGACUCUGAUGGACUCCUUGAUGCUUGUGGCCCCAGCGAGCCUGGUGGCUCUGACGGCCCUGCCCGUAUCCAGCCCCAGCAGCUCGGGCAAAGACCCGCCGCCGUCGCCCAUGAUCGACAGGAAGAAGCACCGCCGGAAGAAGCUGAUGACGCCGUCCAAGACGGAGGGCUCCUCGGGGCAGGCGGAAGAGGAGGAGAACUUCGAGUUCAUCAUCGUGUCGAGCACGGGGCAGACGUGGCACUUCGAGGCGAGCAGCUUCGAGGAGCGGGACGCCUGGGUGCAGGCCAUCGAGAGCCAGAUCCUGGCCAGCCUGCAGUGCUGCGAGAGCAGCAAGAACAAGGCCCGCGUGGACAGCCAGAGCGAGGCCGUGGCCAUCCAGGCCGUCCGCAACGCCCGGGGCAACUCGCUGUGCGUGGACUGCGGGGCGCCCAACCCGACGUGGGCCAGCCUCAACCUGGGCGCGCUGAUCUGCAUCGAGUGCUCGGGGAUCCACCGCAACCUGGGCACCCACCUGUCCCGCGUGCGCUCCCUCGACCUGGACGACUGGCCCCGGGAGCUGACGCUGGUGCUCACCUCCAUCGGCAACGCCACGGCCAACAGCAUCUGGGAGAAGAACCCGCAGGGCCGCUCCAAGCCCACCCCCGAGUCGUCCCGGGAGGAGCGGGAGUCGUGGAUCCGGGCCAAAUACGAGCAGCGGCUGUUCCUGGCGCCACUGCCGGCAGCCGAGGCGCCGCUCGGGGAGCAGCUCUUCCACGCGGUGCAGGAGAAGGACCUGGAGACGGUGCUGCUGCUCCUGGCCCACAGCAAGAAGGAGCAGCUCAAUGCUGCCACCGGUGACAAGGACCGCCGCACGGCGCUGCACGUGGCCUGCGACCUGGCCCAGGUGGUCAUCACCCAGCUGCUGGUGUGGUACGGCGCCGACGCGAAGGCGCGGGACGGGCUGGGCCGCACGGCGCUCUUCUACGCGCGCCGCGCCGGCAGCCAGGAGUGCGCCGACAUCGUGCUGCAGCACGGCUGCCCCGGCGAGGGCCCCGGCGGCCUGGCCACGCCGGCGCUGCGCCGCAAGAGCAGCUCGGCCAGCGUGGGCCACUGCGAGGCCCGCACCGCCCUGGUAUAG